CGCGGCGAUAGGCGGGCCGGUUGCUAGGACUUGGUGAAGCGGAGCGCUCGGGCCGGUGUCCCUCAGGUGGCUGCAGCCUUCAGCCAGGGUGACCAGAUCAGCCAGAGCAGAAAUGUCAGGGAAGGAGAACAACUUUCCACCUUUGCCCAAGUUCAUCCCGCUGAAACCAUGUUUCUACCAGGACUUUUCUGAUGAGAUUCCCAUUGAGCACCAGGUCUUAGUGAAGAGGAUCUACCGCCUUUGGAUAUUUUACUGUACCACCCUUGGGGUCAACCUCAUCGCCUGUCUGGUCUGGUGGAUUUGUGGUGGUUCUGGAGUCAACUUUGGCCUGGCUUUCCUCUGGCUGCUGCUCUUUACCCCAUGUGGCUAUGUGUGCUGGUUCCGACCAGCCUACAAAGCCUUUCGAGCCGACAGCUCCUUUAAUUUCAUGCUGUUUUUCUUCAUCUUUGGAGCUCAGUUCAUCCUGACUGCCAUCCAGACAAUUGGCUUUGUAGGCUGGGGCACAUGUGGCUGGCUGGCAGUGAUGGUCACAUUCAAGACUAAUGUUGGGGUGGCAGUGGUUAUGCUGAUUCCAGCUGUCAUGUUCUCCCUGACGGCCGCCUUGAUGGCCAUUGUGAUCAUGAAGGUGCACAGGAUCUAUCGAGGGGCUGGUGGAAGCUUCCAGAAGGCACAGACAGAGUGGAGCAUGGGCACCUGGCGAAAUCCACCAUCACGGGAGGCCCAAUACAACAACUUCUCGGGGAAUAGCUUGCCAGAAUACCCCACUGUGCCCAACUACCCAGCCAGUGGUAGCCACUGGCCUUAGAAGGAGCUUGCUAGGCCUGUUGCCACCUGCCUCUUCCACCCUGUCCACUUCUGCCACCUGCCCUUGGAAAUAGGAGGCCUGAAACGCCAUCCCAGUAGGCUGGAACUGUUACCAUGCCAGGGCCCAGGGACCUGUGGUCAUCUCAUUCCUGUGUGUGGACCUGUCACAAGCACUGCUGAAUGGUUGUCAGCUUAUUGCCCCUGAGAAUGUGUGGCCACUCAUCAUGUGACAGCCACAGCCUUUGUUUCCAGGUCAGGUGAGGCCAACUCACCAGGGCCCAGGAAGAAUACCAUAGGCUGAAUACCCCCAUGGGCCUGGGCCUAAGUUCCACAUCUCAACCUCCGCCUGCAUUACCAGAGCAGGUGCCCUCAAUUGGCUUGAAAGGGGUCUGAUGGUUAGGUUCUUGGGCCACUGUGACUGCCAGGCCUAGUCCUCCAUGUGCCAUUCUGGACAGUCCCACACGGAUGGUGGGAGGCAAGUUUACUCAUCAGCAAGAACACAUGUUUCUCCCUGUCUGUCCAUCCAUCCAGCCUUCCUGGAUGGAUGGACAGGCAUUCUGGAAUUCACUGUUCUGCCUGGCUCUGGCAGGUGGCCUUCCUCUCCUCAAAUCAUAGAGCCCAGGUGAAACCUCCAUUUGCAUCCCAGAAGCCAGCCCCAUCCUUUUGGUGGAGGUAUGGUCGUGACUGUGAGGAGAGCCCUGUGUCUGUGAACACUCGUGCUGCCUCUGCCAGCCACCAGCAGUGGCUGGGAACCUGGGGCUUCUGCUUUGACAGGAUGGAGGAGCCUUCCUCUGCAAGGAGCAGAGCCUGGCUCUCAGGAGAGACUCAAGGAUGGCACACACAAGGGCCAGGGACAGAUAGGUGCCUUAGAAAGGAAUCUAACAAUUGACACUAUCUCCCCAUUCUCCUGACUCCCUUCCGGAGUUGUAUCAGGGGAGAGUGGCCACAGUACCUUUGAUCAUAUUUGGGCCAAAAACUUGAGGCUUCUGUGCCGCUGGCCACGCCUUCAUGGCAACAAGAUCACUGCCCUCAGCACCUAGUUGCACCCCACCCCUGAGGAAGGGGGUCUUGGACCUUUGCCAAAUUGCCCAAGUGCUUCUCCGGCCCCCGUGCACCUGAGCAUGGCUCUAAGAGUAUGGUGGCAACUCAUCAAGCUGCUGGUUCCAGCCCAGGCUUUGGGCUUUCGCUGGUGCCCAGCUAAAUCUCCUGCCCAUGGAGGCGCCACUUUACACCUGAGGCUGCUUCAGCCUCCUUACUGCACCGGGGCCAGCUGUAGGAGAGCCUUCUGUGUGUACAUCCUUACAUGUGUAUUUUACUACCUGAGAAUAUUCUGGAAAUAAAUCCUCUUUCUGCA